UGUUUGAUACGGGUAUCGGCAGCUGAGAUUCGCUGUAGUGUUUCCCCCACGCGUUACCGGCGGUGCGCGAGUAGGGCUGCCACAGUAAAGCGCGUGCGUCCAUGAGAGAGUGCGCGCCGUGGCCACUCCCCUGGCAGGGCCCCAUCCGUGCUCCGGGUUCGGAGGUGGCUCUCGGAGUCCGGUGGAGGAGCAAACAAAGACGGAGAUGCUGACAUGACCGCGACAGCACAACACCCACGGCACCGCGACAGCAGCACAACAACUCGUACGCUAUGGACGACAGCGACCCGUAUGUACACCUCAACGCUCCUGUGCACGUGAAUGCGGAGCACAUGGCCUCAUCUCCCUCCCAGCCGGCCAUGAGUGGUGUGGCGGGCCACCCAUCUGUCAUCAGCACCCCACUGAACCCAUCACGACCCCUGAGCUCAUCCGUCAGUGGCCUGGCCUCUCCCUACUCCGUCAUCACCUCCCCCGCUGUUUCAAUGUCCUCCACACCUGGGAUCAACUUUGGAGCACUUAACAGUCCACAGAUAAGCACGCUGAGCAAUGUGAGCGCGGUGGACGUCAAGCCGCCGCUGGGCCUGCCGGGCCUGGGAAACCCAGGUGGCUACCAGUGCACGAGCCCUGGCUCUCUCUCCAAACACAUCUGUGCAAUAUGUGGGGAUCGCUCCUCAGGAAAGCACUAUGGUGUGUAUAGCUGCGAGGGCUGCAAAGGCUUCUUCAAAAGAACUAUCCGGAAGGACCUGAGUUACACAUGCCGGGACAAUAAGGAGUGCCUCAUCGACAAGCGCCAGCGCAACCGUUGCCAGUACUGUCGCUACCAGAAGUGUCUUGCCAUGGGCAUGAAGAGGGAAGCCGUCCAGGAGGAGAGGCAGCGCGGCAGGGAGAAGAGCGAGAGCGAGGUGGAGUCCACCAGUGGCUCCAACGAGGACAUGCCCGUGGAGAAGAUCCUUGAUGCAGAGCUGGCUGUGGAGCCAAAGACAGAAGCCUACAUGGAAGCCAGCUCAGGGAACUCGACAAAUGACCCCGUCACCAACAUUUGCCAAGCGGCAGACAAGCAGCUCUUCACUCUGGUAGAGUGGGCGAAGCGGAUCCCACACUUCUCUGAACUACCUCUAGAUGACCAAGUCAUCCUUCUGCGAGCAGGUUGGAACGAAUUGCUCAUCGCCUCCUUCUCACAUCGCUCGGUGACGGUGAAGGAUGGCAUCUUGCUUGCCACUGGUCUGCAUGUACAUCGCAGCAGUGCCCACAGCGCUGGUGUCGGAUCCAUCUUUGACAGGGUGCUCACAGAACUGGUGUCCAAGAUGAAGGACAUGCAGAUGGACAAGACCGAGCUGGGAUGUCUACGUGCCAUCGUGCUCUUCAACCCAGAUGCAAAGGGUUUGUCCAACCCCACUGAAGUGGAAGCCCUGAGGGAGAAGGUAUACGCGUCCCUGGAAUCCUACACCAAGAACCGGUACCCUGAGCAGCCUGGCAGAUUUGCCAAACUCUUACUUCGUCUGCCCGCCCUCCGCUCCAUCGGACUGAAGUGUCUAGAGCAUCUCUUCUUCUUCAAGCUCAUUGGAGACACACCCAUUGACACCUUCCUCAUGGAAAUGCUGGAGGCACCUCAUCAAGUGACAUGACACAGACCUGCUCUUUGUAAAUGUUUGAAUAAUAAUGUAACUGAUCUAAACGUAAAGUGCAAACAUCUUACGUUUUACCAAACGUGAUUAUUAAUGUGAACAUUUGUACCGGGGCUUUAAAAAUACACUGUUGACAAAUGUCAUAGAGGAAAAAUUUCUCCUUUUUUGUAAAUAGGUCAUUUAAAUUGCAAAAUAAUGCAAUGUAUUUUUUUCUGUGUUCAACUGUAUAAAUCAAAUCGCAAGUUACCAGCCAAGUAUUUCUAAAUACUUAUUGGAAUUUUGUGAAAGUAAAAGGAAACAUUGAACAUUUUUUUUAUCACUUCUUUCAUAUACUUUUUGUGUGUUUGUGUGUUUUGCUCUCUGUUAAAAUGUAAUUCUCUACCUAUUUGUUGCAGUUCAAAGAGGAUGUUUCACACACUACUAUGUCAGAGUAGCCUGUAUAAAAUAAUACCCAGCUUUAUAAAUGGGCAGUUAAUUGCGAGGCACUUAAUGCACUUUUGAGAGGCGGCUCACUGAAUGACAGUGUGUUUCAGUGAGGUGGGAACAGUGGUUUUGAACAAAUAUCCCUAUUGUAACUGUUGCAUCUAAACUUCAUCUGGCUACUGUGAAGAGUGCAUGCAGUUAUUACCAUUAGCAAUAUGUAAAAGUAUAGUAAACCCCACCAAAACAUCAGAUUCUGAGAUAGUAUUGUAGUAAUUAACUAUACCUUAUUUUCUUCAUUUCCUAUAAACUGAAAAUUCAGAAGUGAAUUGAAGAUUCUGGAAAUAUAUUUAUUAGCAAAGAUGCAGCUUUUUUUAAAUGCAAGUAUGCAUUAUUGUAAC